AUGACACCAGACCAACAGCAAGCUCUCGAUAUCCAGAACAAAGGCCGUGCCAACAAGGGCAUCAAGCCGUUGCAGUGGGAUGGGGAUCCGCACAACAAAGCUCAGGUGUGGGCAAUACACCUAGCCAACAACGUCGGACAUAUGCAGCAUUCGACCUCGGCCGAACGUCCUGACCAGGGCGAGAAUUUGUUCUGGGGAUGGGCCAGUCCAGGGCCGUACAAAGACCCUUAUACGCACGCAGCGCAGAGCUGGAUGAAUGAGGGGGCAAAGUAUCAUGGGGAGGCGAUCGGGCAGGGGAACUUGAGUGACUGGGGCCAUUAUACACAGUGCAUGUGGCAUUCCACGACCAAGAUGGGCAUGGCCAUGGCAACAGAUAGUAAAGGGGGUGUGUAUGUUGUGGGACGCUAUGAGCCGGCGGGGAAUUGGGCAGGGCAGAAGCCUUACUAG